AUGGGGCAGGCACAACAAACAAAGCUGAUGGACGCGUUUUUGAGGGUUUUCGCUAUGCUUUCAUUAGCAAACAAGUUAAUGGACGCGUUUUCAAGGGUAUUUGCCAUGCUUUUGCUGGCGAUUAAGCCGAUGGACGCGUUUUUGAGGGUAUUUGCCAUGCUUUUGUUGGCGAUCAAGCUGAUGGACGCGUUUUUGAGGGUUUUCGCUGUGCAUUCGUCAGCAACUAAGCUGAUGGGCGCGAUUUCAAGCGUUUUGCUAUGCUCUUGCGUAGGAUCAGAGGGUGCUCGGGUGGGGUCUAUGCGUCGGACCUCAUCUAUGAAACCAGCCUAUUGGUACGGCUGUAGACCGCGAGGCCUGCCAUCUCUUGGCCUCGUGGUAAGGGCGUACGCCGGAGGGGCGCGUCCUCCCUUUCAAGGGAGGAACCUACGCUCCUCUUUGGGGUCCUCCUUUGGGAGGGUCUCGAAGGGGAGCGAAGGAAAGCGCUUCGAUGGCGAGAAGAGGGAAGGGGGGGGCGAAGGGAGAAAGAAAAAUGAAAAGGAUGAGAAAAAAAAGGGGGCGAAGAAGAGAAGAAAAAAAAGUAAUCAAAGCGAACCCCCGACCCUCGUCGGGGGUUGGUCGGUCGACUUUGGACGUGGUGGUUUAGGGCAGGUCUCGCGAAACCCUAAUGGUCAUCAGGAUUUUUGCUUGAUUUCGGACGUAGUGGUUUAGGGCAGGUCGUAUGAAACACUAAUGGUCAUCAGGAUUUUUGCUUGACGUAGUGGUUUAGGGCAGGUCUAUG